AGUGCCGCCGUCAACGAGUGGCGGAGCCGACGCUGGCAGCGCAGUAGCUUCUGAGAACCGGCCGCGGCCACACAACCUGUCUGUUUUGUCCCCCAAAGCAAAAUCUCUGUCUGUCUGCCUCUGUCCGUCUGUCACCGUCACCAGGCGUCGCGACGCGUCAUUUUCACUCACACACACCGGAGGAUUCGUCUUCUUCGUGUCCCUGCACCACUUCCCAGUAUCCUUCUUCUGCUUUCCAAGUCCGAAAUUUUCCCCGGUGUAGUGCCCUCCUGAAGUGGAAGAGGGACGAAGAAGAAGUUUGAAGAGUUUUAAAGAAGUGGAAAACAAACUAAUAUCCCCCGUUCAAGAGCAGACCAACCGAAGUACUUCAGUAGUGGUUAUUUGCUGGUGCGUUUGUGUGUGCGGAAAAGUGCAGCGGCAAAUGUUUGCGUAAUAUACUAGCGUCCUUCCCACACCCACCCACGCUCACACACACCCAGUUGAUGUGCGAUUCACAACACAACGGAAGCAAAAGUGCAAUCGCCCCGGAAAAGUGGUGCUGCUCCAAACUAGUUUCGGCCUGAGGAAAAAAGUUCGUCAUUUCCAGUGUGUGACCUUUUCGCCUGAACGAAAAACGCCCCCUCUCCCAAUAACAAAGUUGUUGCUGGAGGCGGUUUUGGUGUGAGUGUGUGUGGAAAAUUGACUCAAGAGUCAUCAGCUGAUCAGUCGGUGGGUGGAAAAUCGUUGCUUCCGAGAGGCAUCGACUCGAAAGUGUAGUAAGAGUUCCCGGCAAAAAAGGGAAAAACACAAACCGUCGACUUCGUCGGACGGAGAGUGAGCAGUUUUCCGGAAAGAAAACAUCAACACCAGAAACUCCGAAACGAUGAGUGAAAAUUUUAUCAACUUCUCCGAAAUCCGAGAUCUGCGGACGGCAUUUGACCUGCUCGACCGGGACCAGGAUGGCCACGUGACGCCCGAGGAGCUGCAGUUUAUGCUGCGGAAUCUGGGCAUCCACGUGCGCGACGAGCUCAUCGACGACCUGCUGCGGGAAGCCAGCCGAACAGGCAGUGGACUGAUAGACGAAACCGAGUUCCUCCAGUGGGUUGCCCGCAUCCAGGCCCUCAAGGAAGCAGCAGAGAGCAGCACGAGCAGCAGCAGCAGUAGUAGCACCAGCACGACCCAGGCCGCCGACGAUGACCUCACCCAGGACCUGGUGGCGGCCUUCCGGGUAUUUGACCGCGACGGCAACGGGUACAUCACGCGCGACGAGCUCAAAUCGGCCAUGGACAUGAUCGGCGAGAACGUGACAGAGUACCAGCUGAACGAGAUGCUGGAGCUGGCCGACGCCGACAAGGACGGCAGAAUCAACUACGAAGACUUCCAGAACUUUUUCCUAAACAAUAUCGACACGUUAGUGCAACCCGUUGGGCGGAAAUAGAGGAGUGUGGAACCAGGACUACCACCCCC